CGCACGGCACAAGGUGAAUCCCUCAACUGCAAGGAUUCUGCUGUGUACCGAGAUGAACUCAAUACUAAGUAUGCCAACAUUACCCAGGGAAAUGUCACCAUCGGAUGCAAGGAGGAUGGCUCGGCUAAGUACUAUCAAGUGAGAUAUGACCUGCUGUUUCACCAUCCGGAGUGCCCAGAGAAGACUAAGGACUUGUGGGCAAUACACUACGAGUGUACAACGCCGCAGUCAAUGAGUGCUACCAGGUCAACGGCACCGCAGGGAGCCCGCAGGCAACGCCGCCCGAAUUCACGGACUGUGCCCAAGGGAGCGCCCCGCCCUUCAGGGCGACGUACCUCUAUGAGAACGACAAGUACGAGUGCCUGCCCGCAUACACUAACCUGUCAGUCAUCCACAAUGUGUCCGUCUCGGAGGUAAGUCCAGCACCAAUCCGUAGAGCGGUGGGACACAUCAGCCAAGGUCAAUGCAACUGCCCCUACACGACACCACCGCCAUACAUUAACUUGCAAAACUUCACCUGCGGGCCGAACUUCCGCUACUACUACGGAGACUUCUUAGUGUGCGUAGCUAUCCAGUGCCCCCUCGGCAACAGGUCUGACGCACCAGCCAAUGGCGCGAGACAGGAUGUGACGGUGCCUACCUACAACACUCAGUUUAAUUACACCUGCAACAGCCAGUUCCUCUUCAAUACUGCUGGCUUCCCGCAGUCCCUGGUAUCCACUUGUCAGUGCACCGGUCAGUGGACUUACAUGAAAGACAAUCCAGUGGCUGCGCUUCCUGAAUGCUGGCCUGUGUGUGACCUACCUGUAGCUGUGGCACCAUCAGGUGCUACGCUGGUUCCGCCACGGAUGCCUAGCAUUAAUGGAUCACAGGUCAUCUACAAAUGCCCAGGUGGGGUAUUCGAGGAUCUUGCCCCUGAGAAAGCCCUGGUCUGUAAGGACGAUCAUACCUGGUUACCUCUUCCGGAGUCCUUUGUACCCUGUCUCACCCUCAAGAUGCUUCCAGUGCCACCCCUGGAUCCCGCCGUCGUACAAGUUCCAGACCUGAAUGCGCUUAAUUGCUAUUUCUACACUAAUACCAGCAAAUUCUUCAAAGGGGCGAAUAUCACCGUGAAGUGUACGACGGGAUCCUUUCAAGGGCAAGCGACGGACACCUACAGUUUCGUCUCGACCACCUGCGAUGACUGGACUGGAAUAGCUAUUCCUCCCUGCCCUCCUCCUACCACAACAACUACAACUACAACAACAACUCCAGAGACAACAACAACAACCACUCCAGUGACAACAACAUCAACAACAUCCCAGACAUCAACUUCCACAACAACGUCUACUACAGCUGCUACAACAACCACAACAACCCCAGUGCCAACAACAACAACAACAACACCCCAGACAUCAACUUGUAAUUAUGACUUUCACCAUCCAGAGAAAAAAGCUCACAAUCACAACACAGAUUUUUAG